AUGGCCGCUACAGGAAGGAGACACUUUGUGAGAGACUUUAACCAUUUCAUCACCUGUUACCUGUGUAGAGGAUACCUGAUUAAACCAACCACAGUCACCGAGUGCCUGCACACAUGUGAGUGAAACAAACACAAUCCCAUACUGUACAUUUCAAUAUUACUGAAUUUAACAGUGCACUGGACACCAGGGGCUCAUUCUGAACUAUUGUGGUAGGGGUGGCCCAACCCAGAGCACUGACUUAGCAGGGGUUACAUAACAUAUGGGAGCAAACAAAUUUAAACCCAAAUCAAUAUCAAUAUUUGGUCUUUUGUGUCUCUGAUCUUAUCCACUCUCAAGUACCUUACAGAUGUUAAAAUCUAUAAUUUAACUAAAAAUCUUUUAAAUUAAUUAUUUGGUUAUUUAAAAGGAUAGCUGGUCAAAGUCACAGUUAAAAGUACUUAAAGAUGACAAGCAAACUCCAGCACGCUGUCCAGCUGUCUGACAUUUCUGCACUGAUGCGUUGGAAUUUUAGCAGACAAUGUGCAGGAGUUUACUUGCAACUUGGAUGGACAGAUUUCUCCUGAGAUGUGUGAAGUCUUUUCAUGUCACAGCAUUGCCCAUAAGCUUGAUGCCUUGCCAUUUACAAGGCCAAUAGCUGAUAUAGGAGUGAUACCGGGGAGUGGGGGGUGCAUUAAGAUUUAAGAUUUCAUUGGGCAUGCCCCCCCGGCACAGACCUUUACAUACAGCAACAUAAAGCAAAAGUUCAUCAAGACACUUUAAAGUUAGUCUGUAGUUGAAAAUGUAUGCUGCUACACAUAUGUGGCGCAGACACAAAUGCUCACUUCAACACUGAAUGAGAUACAUAAUUGUGUAUCAUAUUUAGUCUCAUAGUUUAAACCCCUAACUUGUUUAUCACAUGCCAUGUUAGGUUACUUGCUCUUGAUCUACCAAGCGAUCUUAAAAUAACCAAACUAAUCAUAACCAUUGUCAACAGCUGCACAGAAGUGCUUGGACAAAAUUAUUUGAUGAAUAGCUGCAAUCAGAGAUGCUUAUUCGAUUCCAAUUGAAAGUCUUAAUGUUGUUUUUUUCCUGCAGUCUGUAAGAGCUGUAUUGUGCAGCACUUUGAGGACAGCAAUGACUGUCCUAAAUGUGGCAUUCAGGUCCACGAGACCAACCCACUGGAGAUGCUCAGGCAAGAUCCUCUCUUAUAUUUUACUGCAAUUGUUUCUUCAUUUGUCAUAGUUGGUCAUACGUCAGCUCUCUUUGCCUUUGUUCUUUAUAGCUCUGUUUCUUUUCUUUUUCUGUUUAAAAAGCUAAGUCACCAGGUUUCAUUAAAAUAACAUGCUUAUGCUUUGGGUACCACAAAUUAAAAUAUCAUCCACUUCUGUUGCGUAACAGCCCUUUGGUGCUCCUGUUACUGCUCUCUUUUUUCAUUUCUUCGACUUGCUCACUCAUUAUUUUCUCACACAUCUCUGUCUGGAUAUCCUUAUUGUUCAUCACCAUUGUUUCACUGUUUUGUCCCUAAAAAUGUCUUUUUUCACCCUUUUUAGUAUCAACCAUGGCAAGCUGUUAUCACUUAUGUCUUCAUUUUUUUUACCAGCUCUCUCUUCCCUUGACUUGUCCUCUAAAUUUCUCAUAUUGGGUGUCUUUACUCACGCCCCCUUCUUUAAAUACUUCCCUUACUCAUAAAACGUUCUCUUCACCUAUCCAUCCCUCUUUUCUCUUUCCAUCUCCUUACGCUUCUCUCUUUCUCUGUGUAUUCCCAGGUUGGACAACACCCUGGAGGAGAUCAUUUUCAAGCUGGUGCCAGGACUGAGAGAAAGUGAGUUGCCAGAUGGUUUCAUCAAUCUAUCUCUUGGUUUACAGUCGGGGUUUAAUUAUGUGAACCUUCAUGAAACCACGCCAGCACUCCGAUCACAUCACUCAUUACAAGACAUGCAAAGGAUUUACCAAUAUGUACACAUGGUGACCCCAAACAAAGUAUUAUAUGUAGAUAUUCCACCAGCAAUAACCCCAGUUUACUCAUUGGGUACAUAAAGAAAACAGUUACAAGAUAUGAUCAGCCCUGACAGCCAAAACAGAUAUCAGCUGACAUCAGGCCACGGGUAAGCAUCUUUCUACCUAUCAGUGUCCCACACCAUUGGCACUAAUCAGUCCUGUUCUGUGCUUUUGGACUAAUGAAGACUGGUGAAUCUACCGUAUAACCAGUCAGGUAGAGAAAUCUUUCUCUUUGGUUAGUUCAUUAAGUGCAUAAGUGCUUGAGAAAAGAAACUGAAGCCAGGUGUCCAGCCAAUAGCCACUCCUUUCUUCUUACAGGAAAACACAAAGAGAGGCCCACUCUAGUGUCAUGUCCGCAAAGCUGAUAAGAGGUGAUGAUUUAUGAAUUUGUCUGACUGUUCAGAUUGAAUUCAGCUUCUCUACACUCCUGAUAAGAUCGAGGAUAGUACAUAUUGAUAUGAUUUGCUGGUGCAACAUUAUUUUCAGAGAGGUUGAUGCUGAAGGGUCUUAUAACAUGAUGAUGAACAACCUUCUCUGUAGCUCAGACUACAUGAGGCUAGUCAACAUGUUCAACUAACAUUGCUACAAAUUUAUGUCUCCAUAACUUAACCUGCACUGACAGAGAGAGAUGGAAAAAAGAUAUACUUUUAGUAGGCCUUGUGCCUCACUGUCAAGUGGCUAAAUAACCAGCCUCACAUGAAUUCUGUUUUAUUGUUUCUGAAGACUACACUGUUGUGGUUUCUUAAACAUCCUUGAUUUAUAUCCAUUCUCAGAAUUUAUUUUUUUCAUCAUGCGUGAAAAUCAGGAUAGCCAGUGGCUGCCUUAAUGUGGCACUCAUACAUUUUUAUCUUUUGAUUGCUUGAGGAUCUUUAAACACAAAGCAGUUGGCCUGUUUGAAUCCAGUACCACUGAAAAAUCAGAAGUGUUAGACUCAAAUAAAUGAUUCAAAUGAAAAGGGAAUUCUAGAAAAGACAGCAAAUUAUUACACUUCUAGGUCGCAUUGUGGUUUCAAAUUAUGCUUCUGUGCUUGAGGUUUCUGCGUAUGGUUGAUUAGAUGUUACGACCUUCAGUGUCAGAAUUACUGGACAGUUAAAUGAGUCAUCAUUAAUAUCAAGAGUCUGGCCUGAAUUGUUUGUCAUACGUUGUGUUAAAGUUGUAGCUUUACCACUUACCACCUGACAGAAAUGUAUUUCAGGUUAACAUUGACUGCCAUGAUGCUAUAAUCCUCUACUACCUGGAUGUAAAAAUGCACAGAUGGCAUCUCAUAGUGUGGCACAGUUUGGCAGUAUUUUGAGCUAAUAAAAUUGUGUGUUGGCUGUGUCAGGUUAAACUGACAGAGCAAUCAGACUGGAGCAAUGUGUAACCAGCAUGUGGGAGUAAAUCUGCAAAGAGGGCUUAAGACUAGUUAUGCCAGCUCUGCUUGAAUUAGCCACACUAGGCAAGGCAAUAUGAUGUUAUUUUCUUGCAGCCGCUGUGAUUAUGUGUUGAGCUAUGUCAAAAAAACUGUGCUGAAUUUUUAUUUUCUGAGUUUUUUUUUAACUUCAGUCCAGUCAAGUUUGUAAGUUAGAAUUUAUUUGGCCAGAUGUGGAGUCUUGCUUAAAUGGAAGGAUGUUGCCUCCAAAUCCUAGCCAGUGGCUUAAGGAUGUAAUAUCCUUACUCAAACUGGAAAUGAAUAUUCUGUGAGACACGCAAACCCUCUUCGUGUCAUUUCUAUAGCACUCAAAAGGCAUUGGCUUGAACUCACCCAGAUCUGGCCUUUGGCAUGAACAGGCAGGUAGCUUCUUUUGCAUUUCACAACGAAUAUCUUAUUUUGACUGGGGUCACCUACUUACAAAAUAAAAUAUUGCUUAGAGUAUGCUGGGAUACCUCAUGGCAUGCACCACACAGGCAGUGUCACUUAAUAACAGCUGGUCUCCAUCAUCAUUAAGUUAUAGGGAUUGGUCAUUUUCAGUGGCGCACACCAUGAGCACUGUUCGUUGUUUUCAGACCACUUGCUUACAUGGUUUUCUUUAUAUCGUCUGUUCCUGUGAACCAGGGGAGGAACAGCAGGAACUGGAGUUCUGGAGGAAGAACCAGCCCAAAGAAAAUGGCCAGGGUAAGCUGUAAUCUUGUUCUUUGCUUAAAAGAUUUUUUUUUAUUACCUCUUAUUAUUUAAAAAUGGAGUAUGUUUUUCAAAACUUUAAAUGAUCAACAUGUGAACAAUCUUCAUAUUCCAUUCAAAUCUGGGGUGGGGAAUUUCCAUCUAAAACAUUGCACACCAUGCAUUACUGUAGUACUGCUCACUGAAGGCAGCAAUAACUCAGUGUUAUCAGUCAUCAUCAUUGUGAUGUUUUAACAGCUUCAUAUACAGCCUGUCUCAUCAGGUACUUGUCCUUUGAAGAAGGAUUGUAAAGCUAGCUCAUUUUCUUUUCUUUUUUGAGAGAGACAUCACUCAUUGUGUGUUCUGUGUUUGUUCAGCAGAAAACUUGGUGUGUCAGAGGCUCGGGCUACCAGGUAUUGGAGGCGGUGAUGGUGAUGGUGGGGGUGAUGAUGAGGAUGGUGGCGAUGAAGAUUACCACAGAAGUGACCCACAGAUAGCUAUCUGUCUGGACUGCCUACGCAACACAGGACAGUCAGGGGAGAGCACUGUCUCGGUGUGUUUUAUGAGAAUUUACCAAUGGUUGUUGAGUGUUGAGUUUCUUAAUCGAUAUUGAUCCGUGUAGGCCUGUCGCUUUAAUGUUCUCCUGCAUGGAGAAUUUGCACAUAAGUUAAAUGGUCUUUAAACAGGGUUAAUAAUAUUUUUCAUGCAUACUGGACAGUCAGUAUUGAGUCUUUUAUAAAAGUUCACAUGUUUUUGGGGAGCUUUUCACUCAAAGUCCCACCUUCAUUUUUUAGCCACCACUCUCAUUAAAUCAGAGUCUAAUACAAUUUGUCUCUUGUCCAAUUAGGAUUUAAUGAAGAGGUUUAUCCGCUGCUCCAGUCGAGUCACCGUGGGAACGAUUAAGAAGUUUCUCAGUCUUAAACUCAAGCUGCCCAGCUCUUAUGAGGUGAGGAACAGAUUCAUCCUUCUACUUCAGAAAUGUAUUUUAAAGAAAAUAAAUCUCAAGACUAAACUGUAUGAAGAAUUUAGGGAUAACAAGGUCAAAAAUCUUGAUUUUCUAUGUGACUAGUCUCAGACAAAUUCAAAACCCCUUAUAUGAGUCAUACCAGCAUUAAACAAAGGUGUGGUUAAUGGAGUAGGACGUGCUCAUCGUAUGUGUUGUAUAAUUAAAGAGAAAAUACAACUGUAAAGGAAGAAAAAAAAAACUUUUAUUGCCCCCAGGGGGAAGUUGUUUUACACCAAGAGCUAUAUAAAAACACAGAGCUCAUGAGAGUCAGCCACAGAGCAGUGCCACAAGCACAAUAAAGUCACUGUCAAUCAAAUAUUCUAAAACAAUACAUACAAAACAAAAAAAGAUGACUGAAUCACUUUAAGCAUCUGUGAAAGGUUCAUAUCUGUCAAUGAAACACUGAAAUUUAUACUUGGGCCACCAAAUAGGACUAGAACUUCACCUAAUUGAGGUGAAGUUCACUAUUGAGACACUGGCAUUUAUAAGAACGAUGAAUGCUGAGUAAUCUGUUGGCAGCCCUUGAGGUCAAAGCAGUUUUGUUUUGACUACAGGAGCUGCCAAAAACAACACACGUGGAAAAAUUCACAUAGGAGCUUAAAAGAAAAAUAAAACAAAAAAUGUGUCAUCAGUCAAACAAGUACCACUAUUACCUAUAAAGUGUUUUUUGUUUAAAAAAGUUUAAGCAAAAGAGUUCAUGUUCUCAAGAGCCGAGCUAAAUUUUGAUAGGGCUGACUGAACACAGUGUUGAUUAAGCCAGAUGCUCAUUAAUAUCCCAUUCACAAAUCAGCCUUAUCUUCCAUAUCUUUACAGAGACUGAGCUAAAUCAAGUCUUUCACACACUCACAUAGUCUUUCACACAUGCAGUGCUGCCUCCCACUCAUUACCACAGUUUAACUUCCCCUUUCCUUUCAUUCUGACAUCUUUUAUUCCUUUAACCCGUGAUAUUUUCUGUCUUUGCCCCUUCUUUGCUUUGUUAAGCCUUUGUCUUAUUUAUUAAAUCAUUUUGUUGUUCUCAGUCUCCUCUAUUAUUUAAACUUUGACAUUGAAUUAAAGUUUUUUCACAUUUAAUUUUUCUUGUUUGUGCUGUACCCAGCUGGACGUGCUGUGCAACGGAGAGAUCAUGGGCAGAGAUCACACCCUGGAGUUCAUUUAUAUGACCCGAUGGAGGCUACAUGGAGAGAAUGUAAGGCUGUCACCCCCACUUCCUGUUUUUGAGUGUAUGAGUGUGACUGCUGUUUAGAUGCACCAGUACAGGAAAUUAGUUCUGUUUGUAUUUGCAUAACUUGUUUUUUUACAUUGCAGAGACUUAAAUAUAGUUGCCUCAAGUCAAGACUUUUCUUCUCAGGUUAAAACAUUAUUUCAAUCAAGGUUUGGCAAGCUAGUUUAGGGUUUUGGGGUUUAGGAGAAGAAGUAAGAAUGAAAUUAACUAGUUCAAAUUCUUCUCAGAAAACAUAGCAUUUUUAUUCCUGAGACUGUCAUUGAAGAGGUUUGUCUUGGACAAUUGAAGCUCGUUUGAAGACCAUCAAAAAUUGUAUGGGUCUUUAAUUGGAUCUAGUGUCAAUUUUUAUUAUCUAAAUGGAAAAUUUUAAAAAGCAAUUUCUGUAUCCACCUCUUCAUUUCAAAGAAUAUAUGACUUAUCCUCAUUAUGAAACCUUGAUAUAGAAAUAUUGAAAGAAGUGAGUCAAUUUGAAAAGUUUUAACUGAAGUUCAGAGUAAGUUCCCGAACUUGUAGAGUUAGAAACAUAGAUCAUAUGUACGGUGAUAGUCUCCAAGGAAUAAAAGUCCUACAACAUAGUCAGACACAGAAAAGAAAUACAUUCUUGAUCUUAAUAUCUUGUGAGAAAUUUCCCUUCAACACUUAGCAUUAAAAACAACGUGACUAAUAAGUCCUUAAUGUGUACGAAGAAAGAGGAAGAUGAUUGCAGGUGCAUGCAGACGUUUUAUUUGGUUUGACUAUGCUGGAAGUGGUCUUACUAAGUGACACAUAAUUUGAAUGAGUGGGUUUCAAGUUCUGAAACAUUGAGUAAAACAUACAGAAUAAUUUUACAUAGAUUGAUAAAAGAAAUCAACAUUUAUGAUAAGAGAGAUGAAACAGAGUUGUACAAGUAACAAGAAAAAAAUGUUGUAUUAAGUAAAAAAUACUGAGAGAUAAGUAAUGUACUACCAAAAUCUAUUUAAAAAACUAUGUAUUUCAUGUGGAAAGCUAGUUGAUAUUCACUGAUUAUCGAAGAAACGUAUUUAUAUUUUGGAAAUAUCUGGAUGAAUCAAUUUUAAACAACUCCUCUUCCCAAACAGCAGCAUAAGCCUUAGAGCCAUUCAAAGGAAAUAAGUACUGAAUAGAGUAACCUCACUUCCUGAAGGGUCCUCAUUUAAUGGGACUGAAGUUUUUAUGUAGUCCCCACAAAGAUUAAAAAAACAGGGAGAACACACACACACACACACACACACACACACACACACACACACACACACACACACACACAGCAGCAGUUGGAGCUGUUUUGGUUUAGGGUGAGGACAGUCUAUGAUUCAAGUGAGUUCAUCCUCUGUAAAUCUACAAGUUUGUGUGAAAGUGCUGAACUGUGAGUAAUAGAAAGGUCUUGUCCUGAUGUGGACAAUGACUGGAGGGUGCAGACAGCUGGCACCACAGGGGAUAGCAGUUACCAGGUCAGAGGAGCAAAGGAGGAUGAUGGGAAGAGGUGAAGAAAGGAAAUAGUGUGGUAGAGGAAGCCAGUAUGAAAUGAGACACUUAUAAAGUGUGUAGUUUCUCCGCUCCAGCUGUGCUCACAUGUCUUCUUUAGAGGGGUAGUAUAACUAAGAGGAGUAAUUUUCUUCCUCAUAAUUUCCAUGAACAGGAACAUUCAUGUGUCUACUCACAAAUUCUCUUUGUGUCCAGCUUAAACGGUCCUUUAGAGAUCCUUUUCCUCACGGGUGGGAAACUAAAUGUGUUAUGUUAUUUCUUGUCCUUGUAUCACCAUGCAGCGGGAUAAGCAGAAAACCUCUCAUUCUAUAAACCCUUGUAAUUGGAGGCAAAGCAAAGUGAGUUUAAAACAAAGCCUUUGGAAAUGAGACACUUUGCCAACUGUUGCCUGUUUUCUAACACAGACAUUGUUUGACCUAAAUAAUCUAGUUUGAAUCGAUGUCCGCUGUUUGUCAUAAUGACACACACAUUGUCUGUUUGGUGUGCACAGAUUGUCAGACUUGUCGAAAACUGUAUUUUCCAUCUGGACUCUUAACACACAUUAAAAAAUGUAUGUGUAUAUAUCAUACAGUGUAGGGCUCGCUUUCCAGUAAUCCGUACACUGCUGACUGUUGUUAAAUAGACAAGUAUUAAUGAUACCAGCAGACAAAAGCUGCUGGGCAGCCAGAGCAAAAUUAUGAGAUCCUGCUGUCAGUCAGGGGUAUAAGGUAAACAUGUUUUACCACACAAGAGCAGUAUUUUAUACAGAGUGUGUUUGCUAGUAAGCAGUACUUAUACUAUGUGACCUUAAUGUAUGGAUAUAGAGGUCCAUAAUCAUCUCAAUAAGCGAUGAGAAUGAACAGCUAACAUUCAUUAUAAAUUGAGUUAAGACUUUUUCUUAGUUUUGUUGUCAAACUAGAAAUGAAUGGUUUAUCAGAUAGCACGAUAAUAUGAAUUUUUCAGAUAACCAUUAGAAAUAACACAUCUUACAGGCUUGACUUGUAUUUUCUCAGUCAUGGGUGAGUUACAUUCAAAUGUCAGGAAACCUAAAUAUAUGUGAGCAGAUCUCUGUGUCUGAUAUUUGGAGGAAUCACUACUCAGUCCAGUUGAUCUUAGUUUAAGCAGAUUUAAGCCUUGGUUUUUGGUCCAGUCCAUCCAAAAGUAAGGGCAUGUCAUGGGGGGAAAGUGGUGUAUUUUUUAACAUGCCAUUCAAAGUCGCUGCUGAAAGAACAGUAACAAAAACUGUACUGCACUACUUUAAAAACCAUUUUGCUGAGUUUGAACUCGUGUUUUUUUUUUACAUUCCUUGUAGGAAAAGCGUUUUAUAAAUAAAGUUUGAUUGAUUGAUUGAUUGAUUGAACCUGCAAAAUAACUAAAACACCGAGUGCAAAGAUAACAUCAUCUUGAUAUAAUCAUUUUCGCUUUGUUCCAAAAUUACAUGCACUCAGCCUCAGACACCUUACUAAGAUUGCAAAUGCCUCAAAGAUAAUAUAAAUUACUAUUGCCACAUACCUCACCUUCUUUAAGUUUGGGUUUAAUUCACAAUCUGAACUUGAUGACAUGUAGUAAACCCUUGAAUAAAUAAGGAAAGUAAAAACAUUUUUUCAGUGUGUCUUCCACCUCUGCUUUGCCCAGCACCCCGUGUUCUGAAACAACAGGCAAAGUCAGAUAGUCAGGAUUAUUUAUGUCCUGCAGGGUGACUCAUGAGGACAAACACCAAGAACUUAUAUUUGAAUCCUGUUUGAGCCCUGCCUGGGGUACAGGGUAAAGAGAGGAGUGAUUAAGAUAGUGAGUGAGACUGAUGGGAAGCCAGGGAGUCACAAAUGGAGAUAUGGGGGAGAGGGGUAUUUAGUCAUUCAUCAGUCUCAUCCUCCUGUCUACCCCACAGCUUGACUUUAUUUACAGCCUCUGACAGGAAACUGCCUCCAAAUCUACAAAACAUGACAGUCAAAUUAUAUCAAGAUAAAACUGUUUGAGGUCUGGAUGGCUAAUGAACACAGUCAGGGGUGGUUAUUGCAGACUGGCAGUUAAUUUUAUCUUUCAACUGUUAAAAACUCAGUCUGCUUGAUUUUUUUUUAAAUCGAUUUUCAACAUUUUAUUGUUGCCUUCUUAAUUGUGUUUGUUUGGGGAAGUCUCUAAAAUUGUCUCUAGUUGUAGAGUCCUGGCAACUGUUAGAAAUGUUCUCAUGACAUUUCUUUCUCAGACGCAAAUUGACAUAAUUUAUAAAACCCUGAAAUGUGACAUUCUGCACAGUAGCAUGAGGAUGGUUAGUAGAAUUCUCAUGUGUGGAUAUAUUCACAUUGUUUCUUUGUCAGAGACUGUGUAAUACUCCCACACUGCACACACUUUCAUGUUUGAUCAUAAAAAAAUAAAAAACCAGAGUCUGUCCAGCAGGAGACUUCUGCCUGAUAAAAGCAGGCCGCAAGAGCUUUCCUGAUUUACUGAUCUUCUGUGUCACUGUUAGAUCUCUUCUGUUUCUCCUCUUCAUUUGUCAGCACAGCUGUCAAUCAUAGCGUUAGACCCAUUCUUGUAACACCAAAUAACUAGUGAAAACUACGUUUUUCAAACACUUUGACAUGAAUUGGUUAGAAAAGACAUUUAAUGAAAAAUUUUGGGGGGAAAAUAUGAUCAAUGUCAUUUCUUAAUUUUAUCCAGAUCCUAUCUCUUGACAAAAAAAGUUUUUAAAUUUGAAUUUAAAAAGGAGGCAGAGUUUAUGACUUCCACUGCUGCCAGUCCAUAGAAGGAUGUUUUGGAUUCACUUUUUGGGAGCUGUCAUGUUGCCCAUCAAUUAUUAUGGGUCAAGCUCAGACAGUAUUGGAAUUUUAUGCAUUUUAAAUCAUUUUAUAUUCCAUUAGUCCUGCUGGAACAUUUAAAGUGAGAAAUGGUCUAUGACCUUGGUCAGUGUCAGGGCUUUAGCGACCCAGAAGUCCACCCUGUUUACAGCUCACAGACUGAUCUGGGUUGUGUUGAUAAUAUCAAACAUGUUUGAUAUUCCCACUGCAGCACCAGAACAGCCAGAUAGAGGGAAAAGUCUGAGACACUGAUGGUGUCACAGUUAACACUUGAGAACUUAGGCUACCCCCCUGCCAAGACAUUAAAGUCGACAGAAACUGGUACAAGCUGUGUCCCAAUUCAGGGUUAACCUUUGAAGGACCCAGCCUUCGUAACCUACAUAGAUCUAUCAGAUUAGACUGGGAUGAGGCCAAACUGGAACAAGCAAUAUAACUAACAUUAUGUAACAAAACUAACAUUCGAUAAUCUGAAUAUCCAUUUCUCCACAUGACUAUUGCUGCUUAUUUGUUGAUUUGAAAACAAUAAUCCUUCCACCUUGUUUGAUCUGACAUAUCAUAAAUAUCAGUCUGUGCUGGGUUAGAAGCUUGUGCAGAUGACAUCUGUACUGCUAGUGAAAGGUAGGCUGCACUUUUUGACCACAUUUAAAUAAGCCUUUGAAAUGGGACAGCCUUUGACGACACUGUGAUGCAAUCAGACUUCAAAUGUGUCCUUCAAAAGGAUACAGCCCCUGAUUUGGGACACAGCCACUGACAGUUAUUCCUGCUCACUCUGAAAUAUUAAAUGAUUCUGUGAGUGAUUUGAGAUUUUCUUUAAUCUUGUACUGGAUACAUAUUUAAGCUUAAAGAGAAGCUUUCCUUUAACCUAAUAGCAGACAAGUUGAAUAUGCUUAUGUACCUACGUCAGUGUAUUUGUCAGAUGACCCAAGUGCACACAGACAAAUAACUAUGCAGAGUCAAAUAGUUAUUCAGUAUAAACCUGUAUCAGGCAGGUGUCCAAAUACAAACAACACACUCACAGUUAAAAUGCCAGAUAUCCACUGGCCGUCAUACUGCAAAGACAGAGCUGUCCUUCAUUGUUACUCUGUUAGGUUAAAGGUUAACGCUCCCUCUGACAGUGCAUUAAAGUAAAUAGUUUUGUUUAACUAAGACGACAAAGAAAAACAAUCAGCCAGAAACUACAAAUAACUCAUGUGACAGAGUCAUUCAAUCCCUCUUCUAAAUGAGAGGCAGUGGACUGAGCUGGUUAGCUGUAAUCAGUUUCAGGUGUUGGCAGGGUUUGUUCCAGAGUAUGAUGGAUGAUGGAGCUGAACUUGUGGUGAAACCUUAAACUUUUCUCUAAACACUUUUCUGCAAGUGCUCCAGAGAAAGAUGAACCUAAUCACAACCUUUAAACAUCAACCUCACAAUAACUGGCUUUUGAAAUUUGGUGUUUUUAAAAUAAAAAACAAGCACAAAAACUGCCUUCAGCUAAAAGAUUGUCGAUUUUAGAACACAGGAUGCCAAUGUUUCAAUCAUUGUGUUUCUACUUCAGUUUUCUUAAAGUCUUUGCCCUCAAACCUACAUAUUUAACUUUAAAGUUCAUGAUCAAAUGUUUGUACCAUUUACUACUGGAAAACAUCAGAUUUAAACUUUAAUUAAUCCAUUUGAAAUAUUAUCCGUCAAGGUUUUUAAAAAUUUCUGAUUUGGGGUGUUGAGAUGGGUUAACUAAGAUAUUCAAUACAAACUAAAUACCAAACCAAUCAAUAAUAAUAAUAAAAAAAAACCUACAGAGGUCCAUUUUUGGAGCUAAUCUCACGCUCAGUUUGUUUCUUAAAGUUUGAGAGGACUCACCUUUCACUGCCACACCCACAUAGUUGGCCUUAAUUGGAAAUUAAGCUGGUUUUGAACAAGGGUUUCUAAAAGUUCUGAAUGUUUAUUAUCUCUUAAAUGUUUAUUGAUGCUUUAUGACCCAUUGGAUUUGGAUAUCCAAUAUGAAUUUUAUAUUUCAAGUCAUGUCUGUAAAGGCUUUAAAGGUUAUUUUAUUGGCAUUUUGCCUUGAUAUUCAUUAGAGCAAGAGCCAAUGCAGGGAGAAGAAAGUAACAACCCAAAUAAAUAAUGUGUUUGACAUGUGGAGAGCUGUAUCCUUUAAACUGACUGAGCUAAACUGGGGCUCCAUAUCUAUUCUGUCUGUUAUGAUCCCCCUUUCUCACAUUCUGCUUUCUAAGAAUGUCCCUUUUGUUCCAACACAUCAUAUACAGUACAGUCAGUGAUAUGAGAUGCCUUUAAGUGAAAUGCCGUAUCCUGUGAUCAUUUUAUAUAAAUCUUUAAUGACUCUGAUGUGCGUUCUUUGUCCGGAAUUCCCACUUGGCCAAGACUCUGACUCAAAACAAGAGAUAACAGAGACAUAUUAAGCCCAUAUUUCCUGUAAAAUUAAGAUUACGUUUGGUCCCCAGAGGUUACAUAUUUCACAUAUUAAGAUAUUCAUUGGCCUCAGUCUAAUUACAGACACCAACAGAGACACAUUAAGUUAAAAAAAAACCUUUAAAAAUAAAUAAAUAAAUGACUCUCAAUGGUGGGAAAAAAAAAACACCAACAUUGUUUUUUUUUUUUUUGGAAACACCAAAAAUCUUUUUACAACAGAUGUAGAUCUGGAGUACAGUGCUUCCUCAUUUUUGUCUCCAGAACAAAUCCCUGCACACUCUCUGUAAGCUACACAGAAAACUGUUAGUGGAGUAUAAUUAAAGUGGCUGGACAGAAAAGUGCUGAGUAAAAGACUGUUGGAAAGGCAGACAGAGACAGAGACCGUCUGUUUUUUUCUGUCUCCUUUUUUUUUUUUUUUCCAAGACAUGAUGCAGCAAAAUGCAGAAAGCUGGUGCAGAUGACAGCAGCUGUACUCUGCUGCACCAGCAGCCUCAAGCUGACAGAAAUAGGAGACAAGACUCCAGAUCAGGAGACAUUCCUCACUUUUCAGCUGCUGGCACAAAUACUCACCUUUUUUUAUUACAUUAAACAUUUUUGGGAACAAACCUUUGGAGAACUGGAUUCAGAUACAACCAAUUCUCUGUAUUCCACAUAGCACAUUACACUUCAGACUGUAGCUGCUUUACCAAGUAGCAGUUUUAGCUUCUUUUUUUUUUCUAGAGGAACUUUGCAAUUUAUCCUCGGUAAAGUGAGCAGAAGCCAUGCCUUUUUUGCUUUUUUAAUUUGACGUUUCCCUGACAUUGUUCUUGACCUUGCUCCCUGCAGAGCAGAGCAGAACCAGGUGGAUCCUGGGUAACAGUCCAAAACAGGUUCAUGGAACCUUAAUGUGGAGUCUGAUAAAGAAUAAAUGACUUUUCAUUUUAUCUGUCAAAAUUAAAGCUUGAGCUUCAAAAACAGGUUAAGAGCUUCCUUUGCUCACUGUAUCAGCUGUAAACUCGAUACUGAAUGAAUCAAGCCCUCGUGUGUUCAAUUUUCAAAACAGAUUUUUCAACCUUUCAGCCUGACAGCCCAACUUUUUUGACCAUUUAGAGGUGCAUCACACAGUUCUGCAGCCUUAAGUAUACGUCUCAUGACUCGGUUAGAUUAUACAGGAAUUUGAAGUACAUGUGCGUUUGACUCACUGGGUGAUUAUGCAUGUUUUUGCUUGAGCAAUGUUUUUAGUUGGUUUAACAAGGCCAAAAAAAGACAGGAAAUCCUGCCCUCAAGAUUUUUCUAGCGUUAGUGAAGCAGUUUUAAUCAAAGGCCUCCUCUCAGCGUUGCAGCAGUGGAAGCGGUGGUGUGUUUGUCCUCUGAAGUGUGUUUGUGUUUACAGUGGAGCGACCAAAAGAUUGAUUUCUUCUUUCUGAAGCACUUUCUCUCUUUUAUGUGUCUCCCUCAGACGUAUCCCAUGGUUCUUGAGUACCGGCCACGAAUCGACUUUGGUUGA